CAGCGCGAGCGUUUCCUCGCCUAGUUUCAGUUUUAUGCACGCGCACCCGCGCUCUGAUUUAUUGUCGAUGAGGCGCAGCAGGGACUCACAACUUCAACACCAUAAUAAUUAUUAAUUAAAAACACACUGGAUUUACCGGCGAGUACAUUUCAGCAGGCUGUACAGUGUGUCUAGGUAUAACAGACAGACAGACAGACAGACACAGGCACCCUGACAUCCGCCGGAGCUCGAGAGGAACCAAGGAGACACAGCAGACGAAGACAAAACUGAGACUCUUUUUGCAAGUAGACAGCAGUCUACAUUUCCACUUUUCCUGGCCAGUGUCUUUCCUGCAUCAUGCCUCGUUCUUUCCUGGUGAAAAAACGUAGGAGGGGAGGCUCUCGAUUUUCCCUUCCUACAGACUGUAUGCCGUGUCUGGGUGUAACAGGUUGCACAGGCGCAGGAACCCGAGAAGAGCCAGAGCCAAAUGUCGAGGCUUCAUCUAUAGAGCAGACGAAGACACACCGGGACUGGACAUCAGGAAUUAUAGGAUUUAGUGAAUUCCCUUCGCCGAUUCCCUGGCAUCACCUUCAAUCCAGCAACUCAGAGGACAAACAGGACCUGGGAAGUGCGUUCAAGUCAAGCAGCAAAGACAGAGAUUAUUCUCCGAUCAGCUCUUCUAUGAUACACUGUCAGUUAUGUGGCAAGAACUUAUUUUCCAACUUGGAGACCCAUCAUUACAAGUGUCACGAAGGUCACAAGCCACCCGUGGUCGGUAUCAACAGCAGCGAAGCUGUGACACUGCACAGAACAAAGGAGCGAACGUUUGAGUGUAAAGUGUGUGGGAAGCUGUUCAAACGUUCCUCAACUCUCUCCACACACCUGCUGAUCCACUCGAACACAAGGCCAUACCCCUGCCAGUACUGCGGCAAGAGAUUCCACCAGAAAUCAGACAUGAAGAAACACACCUUUAUUCACACGGGAGAGAAGCCACACGUCUGCAGGGUGUGUGGGAAAGCCUUCAGCCAGAGCUCUAAUCUAAUCACACACAGCAGAAAGCACUACAGACCCUUCAGCUGAGCGCACCCACACACAGUUCUAAAUCUCUCCUUGUAAAUAUUUCCCACUUUGACAAUAAACCUUUAUAAACAUUCAUCAGCAGAUAAACUGAUUCAGUUCACAGAAAUAAAAAAUAAGAAGACUGGC